AUUUUUGAAAAUUAUGAUGAUUGCCUUAGAUCAGAAAAUCAAAAAAUGUCUAAAGAACUAAGCACAGGUCUGAGAAACCCCUCAGAACUUGCCGACAGUACUAGUGAAUUUAGACCGAGACACUUAAGUGCACUUAAUAUUCAUUAUGGUGAUAGAGCCAUCGGAAUGUUUGGAGAUAUGCCUAGUUUUUCAUACAGUAACAGUCUUCUCUUACGAAAUGCGAAUAAGGAUCAGCUUUUUGGUGCUUGGGCUGACGAUUCCCUUACUGAAGGCUGGAAUAAUAAAGAAAGAACGCUAGCUAGAUAUAUAUCAAAUGUAUUAAUGAAAGAAAUUGCAAGUGCAGGAAGGCAUGAGAGAGUUACCAAUUCAUUUAAGAGCAAUCUAUUUGUGAUAGUUGAUGAAGACAAGCACUUGAAUAACGUUUCCAAACUUACUUGGUGGGGCGAAUGUCAAAUAGCUGGUGAAUUAUUGGCUUCAGCAUUUGUAAACCACGAAGUAUUACGAGGAAGAUACCGUGUUCAAUCAUUAUUUGCAAUACAUGUAGUUGGAACACAGUUUACGUUUUACAGAGCAGAAGUUGAUUUUAAUUACCUUAACAGUCUUGUUGAUGGAUUUUCGGCUAAGGAAAUGUGCAUAUACAGGUAUCCAGUGGAUCAAGGUACAGAUCAAUUUCCAUGCCUUGAUUAUAUGGAUCCUGAUCAAAGAAAAGAGAUCCUAGAUAUUUUGAUAAAGAUAAAAAAUUUUGUUAUUCAAGAUAAAACAGUUUCAUGA